AUGGUUUACGUGAAAGGAGAUGGUACUGUUGUAGAGCAAAGUCCCUUUAGCAUUUUUGGCUGGUUUUGGGGAUUACUUAAUUUCAUCUAUUUGCUGUUCCAGUCUCUCAUCAAUCCUAACUUUAACAAACACGGGGACAGAUAUGUGAGAGAUUUUCGUCCACCUGGUAGUGGGCCUCCCAAGCCUCCAUCGCGAAAAUUUGGCGGUUUUGGUCCUUCCAGUUCAGGUCCUGCACCACCCCCGAUGGGAGGUGGUUGUGGCUGUGGU